GGGCUCCGCCUCAGGGGGGAAGUGGGCGCAGUCUUCCGAGGGAAGGGGCUGUGGAGCCAGAGUGUGGCUAGAGAGCGGCAGUGAGCCACCCAGGAACGUUCCAGAAGGAACCGGAUUCGUGAAGCCGCGGCCUGCAAGCGAGAGAGACCCACUGGUGCUACCCAACAGCUGAUGGAUGGUGACGGCAGGUCUCCUUGGCCAUGAACCAGCCGGCCCCUGGGGCUCCCCAGCCACCCCGACGUGUGCGGCUCAAGCCCUGGCUGGUGGCCCAGGUGAACAGCUGCCAGUACCCAGGGCUGCAGUGGGUCAACGGGGAAAGGAAAUUCUUCUACAUCCCCUGGCGUCAUGCCACCCGGCACGGUCCCAGCCAGGACGGCGACAACACCAUCUUCAAGGCCUGGGCCAAGGAGACAGGGAAAUACACUGAGGGUGUGGACGAGGCCGACCCAGCCAAGUGGAAAGCCAACCUGCGCUGCGCCCUCAACAAGAGUCGCGACUUCCGCCUCAUCUACGACGGGCCCCGGGAUAUGCCGCCCCAGCCCUACAAGAUCUACGAGGUCUGCUCCAACGGCCCCACUGCCACGGAGUCGCAGCCCACUGAGGAUUACUAUGGUGUGCCAGAGGAAGAGGAGGAGGAGGAAGAGCUCCAAAUGAUGUUACCAAACCUGAGCAUCACAGAAGCAGUGGGGCCUGCCCCUAGGGUGGCCCCCUACUCUUUACCCACUGGUAUCACCGUGCCACCUGUGCUGCCGGGCCCACCUGCCUCGGACCCCAACCUCCUGGCCCCGCCACCUGGCAGCGCGCCUGGCUUCCCUCAGGAGCUGCAUCAGCUGCUGCCGGAGGUGCAGCCCGGGACCCUGCCCAACAGCCUGCCACCUGCGGGCGAACAGUUUGUGCCUGAUCUGCUCAUCAGCCCCCACAUGCUGCCCUUGACCGACCUGGAGAUCAAGUUCCAGUAUCGGGGGCAGCCGCCCCGUGCCCUCACCGUCAGCAACCCGCACGGCUGCCGGCUCUUCUAUAGCCAGCUAGAGGCCACCCAGGAGCAGGUGGAGCUCUUUGGGCCCGUGAGCCUAGAGCAGGUGCGCUUCCCCAGUCCUGAGGACAUCCCCAGCGACAAGCAGCGCUACUACACCAACCAGCUGCUGGACGUGCUGGACCGCGGACUCAUCCUGCAGUUGCAGGGCCAGGACCUCUAUGCCAUCCGCCUGUGCCAGUGCAAGGUGUUCUGGAGUGGGCCCUGCGCCACAGCCCAUGGCUCGCACCCUAACCCCAUCCAGCGGGAGGUCCGCACCAAGCUCUUCAGCCUGGAACACUUCCUCAACGAGCUCAUCCUGUUCCAGAAGGGCCAGACUGACGCCCCACCCCCCUUCGAGAUCUUCUUCUGUUUUGGGGAGGAGUGGCCUGACCGCAAGCCCCGAGAGAAGAAGCUCAUCACUGUACAGGUGGUGCCAGUGGCAGCUCGGUUGCUGCUGGAGAUGUUCUCCGGUGAGCUCUGUUGGUCGGCAGAUAGCAUCCGGCUGCAGAUCUCCAACCCAGACCUCAAAGACUGCAUGGUGGCACAGUUCAAGGAGCUCCACCGUCUCUGGCAGGCUCAGCAGCGGGCACAGCCUGUGGACCCGGCCCCUGCUGGGGCUUCUGGCCUGGCUGCUGGCCCUGCUCCCUGGCCCAUGCACCCAGUUGGCAUGCAGUAACAAGGCCUGCUGCAUGACUGUGUGAAUGGAUGAGCAGAAGCUGGCCACUGCAGGGUCUUCCCCCGGGUCUCCUGCAAGGGGAUUUGAGGAGAGAAAGACAGCCAGCUCUGCAUCUUCCUGCAGGCUUUGCUUGGAGGGCUCUCGGGCCCGCAUGUCCUGUGCUUGCACUUGCCUAUCCAGCCACGGGCCAGCGAGGAGGAGCUGCAGAGUGGGCCAGCCUUGAGGUGUGGCCCCUUUUCUUCAAGUCUAAAGGA